UGCACACACAGGUUGAUUGUUGAGCUCUAUGCCGGUAUAAAGUUGUAUACAUACAUACUGGAAUAGAAGAGCGAAUCUGCCUGCUUAAACUUGUAACCAUGGCUGAAAACAGACUAAAUGGUUUCAUCACCACAGUGCCAGAUCUUCUACUUCACGAGGUAUUUGAGAAAGUAGCUGCCCAGUCGUCCGAAAAACCAGCCAUCUAUGAUGGCGACAGGAUAAUCACAUUCGGCGAGUUAAACAGUCGCGCUAACCAGUUUAGUAGAAUGGUCAAAGAUGAGUUAUCUUCGUACGGAAUAUCACCUGCGAAAUCCCAGGAACCAGUGAUCUGUUUGAUGAUGUCGCCAUCAGUUGAGAGAAUUGUGGCUAUCUUGGCUAUGUUCAAACUAGGAGCUGGCUACCUCCCUUUGGAAGCGUCACUGCCUAUCAAUAGGAUCAUCCAUAUAGUGCGCGAGUCAAAGCCAGUCUGCCUCAUCUCGUCGAGCGAUAACGCAACCAUUAUAAAUAACGUGGAAAUCAUCAGUGAAGGUCUGAAAAUCUUGGAGUUUGAAUUCCUUCAUCAGAAAUCCGACUCGGAUAUCCAAGCAUGCAACCUUUCUGAAAAUGAGAAAAUCGGUUACAAAGAGAACCCACUGGCAUGCAUACUUUACACUUCUGGUAGCACGGGUGUUCCAAAAGGGGUCCGCCUUCGCCACAGGAACGCAAUGAACAGGUUGUCUUGGCAAUGGCGCGUGUUGCCGUUUGGUCAAAAUGAUGUAGGAUGCGCAAAGACAUCAUUGAUGUUUGUCGAUUCGUUGACAGAGAUCUGGGGCUGUUUGCUGGAGGACACACCAAUUGUCAUCGUGCAGAAGGCCCAAAUCGUCAAUACAGAACUGUUCAUUAAAAUACUGAAGAAGUUCAACGUCUCGCGGUUAAUUCUUGUACCUUCCUUGUUGAAGAAGUUGAUCCUGAUGAUAACCUCUGGAAUCACACCAGUUGAAAUGGUUUCAAAACUUCAGCUGAUUGUCUCAAGUGGGGAGGUUCUACCGCCACAGCUAGCCAUUGAUUUCUUCCACGUGUUUCCCAACCACUGCCACCUUGCAAACUUCUAUGGCACGACCGAGGUCACUGGUGAUGUCACCUUCGACGUCUUCACAUCGGAAGAUGAUGUUCGACAGCGUACAAAGAAUGGAUGUCUGUCUAUUGGAGCAGUGGUGGAUAACUGUUCUGUACACCUGCUGGAUGAACAUUUGGAUCCUGUGGAGAAUCGGGACAGUGAUGGAGAGAUUGUGAUUAGCGGGUUGAAUGUCGCAGAUGGCUACAUGCUAGGCAACCAGUCCAGUUUUGUGGAAAAUAUCUUGGAGCAAAAACCAGGACAUGAGCUUCUUUACAAAACAGGAGACUAUGGCACAAUUGUUGAUGGACGAGUCUACUACGAGGGAAGGAAAGAUUCUGUUGUGAAGAUCAGAGGUCAAAGGGUCAGUCUCAUGGAGGUAGAACGCGUCAUUUUGAUGGUAGAGGAUGUCGAAAAGACAGUGGUAUUGCUGAGGAAAGCAAAUGAACAGAAUCAGAUGAUCGUAGGGUUCGCCUUGCCAAAGAAGGGUGCGAAGUUAUACCGUGCUAUAUUAACACGACACUGUCGUAAGGAGCUUCCAGGGUACAUGGUACCAGAAAUCAUGGUUCUAGAGGAGUUUCCACUUCAGCCUCAGACAGGUAAAAUAGACCGUCAGAAACUUUUGGAACUGUUCGAGGCAAGCCUCGGCUCAGGUGCAGUCAGUAAGGAGUCAACUGGCGACCCUAUUUUGGACCGUUCUCUUGGUAUUGUCGCCUCUGUUUUGGGCAGGCCGAGGCAUUCCAUCAAGGCAACCGACAACUUCUUCAGCAUCGGUGGCAACUCCAUAAAUGCCAUUAGUGUCAUUGUGAAAUUGAAAGAAGCGGGGAUCCAUGUGGACACUGGAGACUUCUUUGCAGCAGAGACCAUAAAAGAUGCCAUAGCAAAACGAACAGAAUCUGGGAUGGAGCAUCUCACCAUGCCAGCGCUGAACGAGAAGUAUUCCAUUGAACCGUUGCAAGCAGGGGACCGAGAUGGUGCAAUUUCCGUGAUCGCCAAUGCGUUUAUCAGGAAAGACGCCAUGACGAUCGCCCUUGGUGUUCCAUUUCAAAUCUUCCACCAACACUUAGAGAAACUGUUUCCAGCCGCACUUGAUUGUGGAAUGUCUGUUGUAAUCCGGGAGAAGGAAUCGGGGAGAAUCGUUGCCGCAAACUUCUUUGCAGACAUGGAAAAGUGUCCUCCAGAAGACGGUGCGUUCAGGUUCUCUGACUUCAUGAGGCCCAUCGGAGAACUCUUGGGGUCGGUUGAUGCACCCGUACAGGAACAUUUAAAGGGGAGGUGGCUGACUGGGCUUCUUGGUGGGACCAACCUGGACCUCAGCUCGCAGGAGAACGUGGAGAUGUUUUAUCACAUGGAGAUGGAGGUCAUCAGGAGGGCAACAGACGCAGGGUUCGACGGCAUUGAGGAAACAAACACACACCCAGUUACUGUGAAUCUUGCAACAUAUUACCUGGGCUACAAGACAUUCUUAACCUACCAGAUCAACAAAUUCCUGUUACCAGAUGGACGGCGUCCAUUUGCGAAGAUCCCAGAUGACAGCAUCAUCGCAGUGCAGCUGAAGUUUUUAAGCCAACCAGCAAGUCAAAUCGAACUUGUGUAGGGCAGCAGGUCACUAUGAGGAUAGGUGCUGUUGGCUUCUGAGACGGUACGGGAAUUGCCUCGGUCGUGGCAGCAGGCAAUUCCCAUCAACUGCAUGCUAUUUUGCAACGUUUUAGUUUUACAGUAUAUUUGAUAGUAAAUGAAUGAAAUUACUACAGAAAAAUCGAGUUGCCUUGACGGGGAUCUUAGGAUUGCCGGUCCACUGCUCUACCAAUUGAGUUGUCGAGGUUCCGCGACAUUUUGUACUUCGUCAAGGGAACUUGAUUUUUUGUCUGUACUUAUUUCAUUCUUUUUCUCCAUGAGCCAAUAUUAGCAACCUAUAUUUAUCCUUUACAGUAUUUCAGUAUAACAACUUUACCUUACGAGUAUUUUGAUAUUUUAGAUUUACUUGCAGCAUUAUACUGCACCAUACCACCGAUGAGGGGUAUACGAGACAUGCAUUGCCGUAUUAUAGCCAUAAUAACUGAAAGUGGCUAUUGUUGGCUACGGUAGUUGUUAGUGUUAGCCAACUUGAGUCAAGGCAACUUGCUUUUUAUGUACUUCCUUAAUCUGCAUUGUUUCAUAAUCUUCAUAAGGUAUGUACAGAUAUGAGGUCAGGUGGGUAUGUAAGGCCACAUAUAUAAAGUACAGGAGGUCAACUGCACUUUAUAUGCAAUGAAAGAAGACUGAGGGAUUUUAUUUCGCAAGCAUACAUAAUUAUAUUUUAUUAUAAUAUAAGCUAUAUAUAAGUAUGUUCAAUAACAAAUUUAAAUAUAUGUAACAUUUAUCAUUUCAUGACCGACCAAAAACUAUGAUGAAGAGCUGGAAAGAGCCAGCAUUUAUAAGACCCUUGAAAAGCCUGUUAAUCUCCACCACCCACCACCACCUCCAAUAGGUGCCCCAUGCACCUGAAUAGUUCGACAGGGUUGAGGUCAAAUAAUGUCAAAUCAAUGAUCAAAUUAUUUCAACCUGUAAAAUGAUAAAGGAUGUGCUGCUGAUUAAAAUUCCUACUAGUUUAGAUUAAAUUAAAGUUUAGGUCAAGUUGUGCAAAUCUGAGAUGGGAUUUCUUCAAAUCUAGAGCUUAUUGGCAUGAUAAGGUAGAGCAUGGGGUAGAGUAGUCUCGGGAAUUUACACAACUAGCAAGUACUUUUAUGAUGCUAUGGACUUAGAUUUAGGUCAGACACUCGGCAAAAUGAUUUUUAGCACUCAAUUUGUGAUGAAGAUUUCAUGGGGUUCAGUCCUGUAGGGAGGGUGGAGGCAAUCUCAGUUACAGUAGAGCAUCCUUGUACCUUGAGAUUUUACUAGACUCUCCAGCAUGGGGAUAACAACCUUGAAUGCCGACUCCCAUUUUUUGGGAUAUUUUUCAUACCCAGCUCCUUUUGCUGGUACACAUCUCAGUCUAGUGAACACAACCACUUAUACUGGUAUUUAUGUACCUCCCGCAACUUUGGGGAAAUAUGACCUGAGUUCGUUAUCUGAGUAAUGGAGAGUUGAAAAUAAGAGGCCUCCGGCGGUGGGCGGGUAUCUUGAAGCAAUACUCUGGGUUGAUUGUAGGGCUUGAAUGAAAGAUGGGGUUCUAUUUGCCUAGAGGGGGUCGUGC